ACGAGACGUUUGGAGCUUAAAAUACUCUGAUUAUUCAACACAUCUCAUAUCGUAACACACCAAAACAAUAACGUUACUGCCGCAUCAUGUCGCAAGAAACCGCUGCUGUUGAUGCCAACGCUAAUGCCGGCUUCUGGAAAGAACUCGACUCAUGGAAGACACCCGUAGCUAAAGAGGUCGGUCCUACAGUCGAGGUUGGAUCUAAAGCGCCCUGGUCUCAACACCUUCGCCUUCCAGACGGGAAACCUACUCUCGUGGUGUUUCUCCGUCAUUGUGGAUGUCCCUUCGCUGAAAAAACAUUCAGAGCUCUCGCCGACCUAUCCGAUAAGGUCCCAGGGGUCCAUUGUGUCGCCAUCUCGCACUCUUCAGAAGAGGCAACAGACAAAUGGCUGCCCCUGGUCGGUGGCACCUGGAACGUCGAUGUUGUAAUUGAUGAAGAGCGCGACUUGUAUGCCAAAUGGGGUCUCGGAAUAUCAUCAACGUGGCACGCCGUUAACCCUCUCACGCUGUGGAAUGUCUUCAGCCUUGGAAAGAAUGAGGGCAUCUGGAAUCGACCAACAGAGAGUGGCUCGCGGUGGCAGACGAGCGGUGCCUUUGCUGUUGAUCGCGACGGAACUGUUCGCUGGGCUCACGUGGCGAGAACCGCUGAUGAUAUGCCGGAUCUCAAGGCUGCCAUGACUGCGCUUGGACAUCCACCCCCUGAGAAUAAGCGCCACUCAAAGCAUGAGCAUCAGUAGAACUACUGAUUGACGAGGUUAGACUUAUCUCAGUGUCCAUGUAUGAGCCGAGAAGGGGGCUAUCAUGUGUCAAAACUAAGCAACGCUGUCACCAGGAUUCACAAGAUAGGCGGCCGUCAAAGUGCAAUUAAUAUAUGCG